AUUGUUGAUGUUAUAUUAACUUCUCCAUUCCGCACGGGUAAAAGUUCUAGUGUACUCAUAAACUCGUCUGAGCCGGGGUUUGACACAAUUCUGAUAGACCAAUCAACUUUCUUUUGAAGAGGCCCAUUAGCAUUCAUUCUUCCCUAAAGACAAAAAGAGUUCAAAUUCCAGGAUUGCGCGCUUAAGCGCCGCGGUUGAAGCAAAGGACAAAGUAUCGCAAAACAACAUUGCCUUCACAAUUUUUUUUGAAUUUGAACACCAAAAAAUGGAAUACGUGAGCCCAGAAGGACUUCGCUUGGAUGGUCGCAGACCCAUGGAAGUAGAUGCGUCAAAUUCGAGCUGAAAUUGGUGCUGUAUCCAAAGCUAAUGGCGAUCGCAUGAGGAAACCGAAGGGCGACAGGAGAUCCACUGAAAUUUCUCUAGUUAUCAGACAAACCAUGGAAGAACGCAUCUUGACACAUUUAAUGCCCCGUUCCCAGAUAGAUAUUUAUGUCCAAGUUCUCCAAGCAGAUGGAGGAACUAGAUCUGCUUGUAUAAAUGCAGCAACGUUGGCCCUAGCCGAUGCUGGGAUCCCUGUGCGUGAUCUUGUAACUUCCUGUAGUGCCGGAUACCUCAAUAGCACCGCUCUACUUGAUUUGAACUAUGUAGAAGACAGUGCUGGGGUUCCUGAUGUAACUGUAGGAAUUUUUCCGAAGUUGGAUAAAGUGACGCUUCUUCAGAUUUUACUGGAGAACACAAAGCAACUCGAGUAUCGACAGGGCACAUAACUUUAUAGAAGUUCAUUCUUUCAUCAGUUAUGCGUUUGUUUUUUGUUUUACAUUUUUAGAUUAGCAUUCUAUAGUAUUUACGGGGAAUUUUUUCAGCAGACGGUACUGACUGAAGCAGAAAAAGUAGAGGCAAAUGUGCUUAAUUAACACCAGUGUUUUGCAGUUGCCCAAUUUUUUUCCUUCUAUUUAUCAGGUUGCAAGUCUUUGGAGUUCAAUUUGUUUUUAUAUCAUAAAAUUUCACUAGGGCGUUUCAUUUCUCUGAUGACGAACAUGGUAAAAGUAGUUUUUGCGUUAUCGUGGUGUGUUGGAAAGACUCAAAUGACUCCUUCUCACAGGAGCUAAUGCUUUCAAAAGUGUGUUUAACGAUACAGAUCUCUAACACUUUUCUAACUAGCUCUCUCAUAUUAGUUGAAGUUCGAGUAGGUCGUACUAAAUUCCAUGUAAUUUUGUGGAAAACAAUAGAAGUGUGUGUGUUCUAAUUUCUUAUUUUAAUUGCAAUACAACAUCCAUCAUUUUCCAUAAUACUGCCCCCAUAAGUAAAGUGCAACUUUAAUCUAUCUUAAAAGGCAAAUUCAUAGAAGACAUGUAUGUUGUAUAUUUCACUUUUCAAACUUCAAAAGUAAAUUCAUUUGUAUUCAUUCUUCAGGGAUAAGAAUUUGAUUCUCCAAAUCAGACCUCAUCUCGAAUAACAUUUUUACUUUGUUGGUUAAAAUGCUGCUUGACUUUCAGUACUCUCAACUUUCUGUCCCAUUGUUGUUCGAACACGGAUAUGUGUUAACGACAAAUUUGUAUAGAAAAAUGUUCGAUAAAAAAUUGAUUGUUAAUUGAGGGGAUAUAUAGUUUUACUAAGAAGAAAAUGAAUAACAGCAGGGUGGGGAGUUAGUAAGUAAGCGUUUUAAUAGGUUGUUUGAUUGGAACUUGUUCUUGGUGUCUAAAGCUCUGUCCAUAUAGCCGGAGUCCAAGCCGAGUAAUUUGCACCGUCCAAUUGUGCUUUAUAAGUCACAAAGUUUGGAUAUUCACUCGGAUGAACAUAGUAUUACGAUAAACUUUUUUGCGAAGGAUCAUUGAUAUUAUGUGCCAUGAAAGCUUCAAAUGAAAAUCAAGAAAUUGAAGAAAUCGAAGAAAAUUCGAGAAAAAGCAAGAAAUUGUAGAGAAAACUCAAGAAAUUGCAAGAAAACGAAAGUGCAGCAGAGAGAAUUAAGAGUAGUAGAAACCUCAUAGAUUCAGUGAUUUGAAAUGUGAUGUAAACUAAGCAGCUCGAGUAACUAGUUACGGGUUGUAACUAACUUCUAACCAACUAAACUCAGUUCAAACAACAUUUUAUCAAGUUGUUAAGCUUGCUAAGUGACUUCCUCAAAAAUAAAAAUAAAAUAAAGCUUUUUAAGUGACAUGUUGCAGCUGGUGGAGAUUGCGGUGAGUGAGGCCGCUUAGGUUGGUCUGGUGGUGUUGGCUUGAGAUUUUUUGAGUGUUCCUCCUUAAAGUUCAAACUCGAUUCUCCCUUGUGUUAAUUUAUGUGGAUUAAUUUAGCUUCUUAAAACAAAAUUUUAAAAAAAGAUAUUUUUUCUUUCUAAAAACCACCUAGUUGUAAGUGUAACUACUUGUUGGUGUGUGAGGUGUUUUAAAGAGUACUUUUUCCUUAUCUCAAAAGAUGGGAGUGGGGUAAUGGAGACGUUGAUAGUCAAAACUGUCUUGUCCAUAUAAAUAUUACAUUUUUACCUUUUUUAAAUUUGAAACCCUUAAACAAACUUUUAAAUUACAUUUAUAUUUUUAUUUUGAUUUUUAAGGUGAGGCUUAAGCAAAAUUGUUUCCUCUAUUUUUGAUUAUUAUUUUAAAUGAGAUUGUUGAAUCGACGUAAUUUUGAUAUACUGUUUUUAAUAAAAAAAAAAAAAAAAGUACAAAAAUGAAUCUAAGUUCAUGCGAGAUUGGAUGGGGAUACUCGAACCCCAUUAUAUCUAAGGUUAUAUUUUUCAUCUUUCUUGAAAUUGGAGACAGGGAUAACCAACUCCAUCAAAGUUGGGAAUGGGGUAGGCAAAACUUAUACCCGCCCCGUUGCCAUGUCUAUAUGGACUAUUUCCGGAAUUGAGAGGAAUGCCGUGGAAGUUUAUUUAUUUAUUUUUGCAUGGCCUAAGCCCCAAGAAACAGAAAAGCACAUCAAAACGGUUGGGAAACAAUCCAAACAUAAUCCAUUUUUACAACCGAGAAGAAGAAAUAAGUAAUGCAAGUACAGGUGCUUUUGGAGGUUGGAAAAGCUUUUCUAGAAAUUCACUUUUAACACAUCUAUGAAAUUACCAAUCUCAACAGGGAAAAAUGUUUUUUCUCAUGCCCAGAUGAAUGAAGAUGGAUAAACCUCGACUAAACAAUAUCAUUUUUACGUCUGGAUGAGUAAAUUGAGACGAUAGUAAUUUUUAAGAAUCAUGAAAUGAGAAAUUAAGCUCGCAAAAACUUAUAAUUCAUCACUGUUUUUUUUAGGUUGUUGUAGCCCUUUUUAAUUGCAUCAAAGUAGGCUUCUUUCAUUUCAGCGCUGGCACUACUUAUUUGAGUUAAAUAGUAGUUGCCACUUCUAAGUUCUAACCACUUAACCUUUAUCCUUCAAUGAGAAACCACAUGCACAACUUGGUUUUGUAUUUACUUCAUAUAAUAACUCAACUGUGCACACGAUUCCAAUAAAAUAACCAUAAAUAUGUAGUUAACUCUAACUAAAUCACAGUGCUGACAUUUUUAGUACUAGUACAUUGAUGCCAUUUAUAUCCUUUUGUAUGAUACAUCAUACUGUUGGCAUGAUAACUGCUUCAUCUCUGUCACAUUAACUUACAGCUUAAGUAGGUAUAACAGAUGCAAUAAUUUUUCGAGUUAUUUUUCGGAAGUUCACAAUGAUCUGUUAUUUAAUCUAAUCU